ACCCGACAGGACCUGAACGCAGCAUCUGGCCAGGGGCGGGUAGGAGCUAACCGUGCAGUAUGGCGGACGAUGGAGAUAGUUCGAGCGGACCAGUUGACACAAGCGGCGGGCAGGGGCCAGCGGAUGAGUCGGACGGGCUCGGCCUCGGCGCGAUGUUGCUGAAUAUCAGUAUUUUAGUUUUGGUUGUGGCGGUCUGUCUGGUGGUGUACCGGCGGUGGGGCAGGAAGCUUGUCUCUGCCGCGGCCCAGGGCGACGAGGCCUCGGCGCUUCCCAAGAUGAGGAGACGGGACUUCUCUCUGGAGCAGUUGCGGGAGUACGACGGACUCCAGAACCCCCGCAUCCUGAUGGCUGUCAACAUGAAAGUUUUCGACGUGACCAGCGGCAGAAAGUUUUACGGGAAAGAUGGUCCUUACGGCAUUUUCGCUGGCCGGGACGGUUCGAGAGGCCUGGCCACCUUCUGCCUGGAGAAAGACGCCCUGCGGGACGAGUACGACGACUUGUCAGACCUCAACGCUGUACAGAUGGAGAGCGUGAGGGAGUGGGAGAUGCAGUUUAUGGAAAAAUAUGAUUACGUGGGGAGGUUGCUGAAGCCCGGGGACGAGCCGUCGGAGUACACGGACGAGGAGGACAUCAAGGACCACCUGAAGCACGACUGAGGCGCUUCCAUCACACCGACCAAAGCCAGGAGCCCCAAACAGCUGCGACAGACACCCCCUCCCCCCUAGACCUCCUCCUCCUCCCGCCCCAUCGAUCUACAUGCCACUCCUCUUCUCCUGCCCCCCCACUCCCACUCCCCCAAAACUCUUCCCCCUCCCUGAAUCUGUCCAGUGCCGUGGCUGUUCUGGAAAGGGGCAGGACUCAAGUCUCGACGCCCAGACCUCCCUCCCUCUUCAUCCUGCCAAGAGGAAGCGAUUGAAAAACCUUCAAUGAGGGCUUUUUUUUUUUUUUUUUUUAAUGACAGAAAACAUGUCUGUGGGGGAGAGAAGCGGGGUGGGGGGGUGGGGUUGUGCCAUUAGAUGUAUUUGAAAAACAACAUAAGAUUUUAGUCAUUUCUCCAGGUUGGGGAGGCGCGUGGUCAGAGGUAGAGAAACACAUCGGUCCAAAGAUGAUCAGUGGAUCCGGACAGGGGAAAACCAUUUUCUCUCUCUCUCUCUUUUUUAUCUCUUGAUUUAGUCACAUUGUAUCUGAAACUGCUUCAGCUUUGGACAGCUUUGUCAAUCAAUCUUUGUGUUCAGAUAAUUCCCCCUCCCCCCCCCUUGUUGAGAGGGCAGCGCUGCGGCCUAAGACCUAGGUGCUGUGGAAGUUGGCAGGGUGUUGCAUUUUCCUGUUGUGUUUGUAGUGUAUGCACUACUAGUUUUCUUUGUUUGUCACCAUGUGAUUGUAUUUGUCGAGUAGCAUUGAGUGAGGGAGGGACAUUCUUUUUUUUUUCUUUUCUUUCGGGUGGGGGUUUAAAGGUCUUUGCCACAUGAAACCUGUUUUGAAUCACAUCAGACGGACUGAAUCACUGAUCGGGAAUACAAAGGGAAGGUGACAAAGGCAGUCCUAAUCAAUCGACGCAAUUGUUUACACGCCUCACAAGCCAGCUGCAAGUCUGUAGAUUCCCCUUGAAAAUGGUCCAAGUAUUAAUCGUGCCUUAUUUUGUUUGCUGUGUCAGUCCUGACCGUUCUAACAGAGGAGGCGAGCGGAGGGAUGGAGGUGUCAGGUUUUUUGUUUUUUUUUUUUUCCCCUAGACUCGGUCCCCCAGACUUUUAAGAAGGCGUACGUUCUGUCAGUCGUCCACACACAGACUGUAAUAUUUCCCCACUUCACAAACUUUGUAAAUAGAUCGUAUGAAUUACUCAGUGUUACUGCCAUAUUUAUGUAGUUGAUAAACUCCAUAUAUGUAUAAUGCUAUGUCGUAUUGGCCAAAACCCCCAUGGUUUGUGUUUUAAAUUUUGGGUUCUGAACUUCUUUUUAAACGUGGGUAAAUUUCCAAAAAAAUAAAUAAAAUUAAAUCAAAAAAAAGGGAGAGCUGCAAAGUGCUGCAGGGCGGGACCGGGAGCUGUUCUUGCGAUUUUUUUUGUUUUUGUUUUUGUUCGGAGACGUUGCUUAUCCUGUAAAUAUAUCUAUCGUUUUAUUAAAGCAUGUGCAACAACACAGUGAGCUAUGCCGAAUUCCCACCACGUCAUGUAUUUAAAUGUUGUGUGUGUGUGUGUGUGUGUGUGUGUGUGUGUGUGUGUGUGUGUGUGUGUGUGCGUGUGUGCGUGACAGAAGCAGGAAGGGAUUUGUUCAUGCAUAAUAAAUCGAUUUGGUUAAUAAUUGAA